UUGCAAAUAUCUCAGCAUUAUAUACGAGUUAUAUUUCGCAACAUACCCUACGAAGGGAAAGGGGUCUUAACAGUUGGCCUCUUUCCUUUGAUCGUUUAUUUUAUGUUGUUUUUUUUUGUGAUCCUUACUAUUCUUCAAGGUUUUAACUGCACGAUCUUGGCAUAUGGGCAAACUGGUAGUGGGAAGACAUUCACUAUGGGCACAGAGGAAACCAGAACCAGUAUGACGAGUGAGAACAGAGGGAUAAUCCCACGUCUGGUAGAGGCGAUCUUCCGCCAAGUCAGCGAAUUGGAUGUUUUCGUAUCCAUGCUUGAGAUAUACGACGAGAAAGUUGUCGACUUGCUCUCUGAUGGUCGGGAGCCGUUGCAGGUUCGCGAGCAAUGCGGCAGUGUCCAAGGUCUAUCCAAAAUUUUUGUGGGGAACUUAAAUGAGACUAUGGCACAGCUUGAGAAAGGUGGAAUCCACCGUAGUAAGGGAGAAACAGCCAUGAACACUCAGAGUAGUAGAUCUCAUGCUGUUUUCACCAUAUUUCUGGAAAAAACUGGAAUUGACGACGAAGACACCAGCUUCACGGCAAAGUUGCAUCUUGUGGAUCUCGCUGGUUCUGAACGUUUAAAAAAGACUCAAGCAGAGGGAACGAGAAAAAUGGAAGGAAUUCGAAUCAAUGAAGGUCUUCUCGCCCUAGGAAAUGUUAUUUCUGCGUUAUCGGAAUCAGGAAGUAGCCGGCAUAUACCUUAUAGAGAUUCGAAGAUAACUAGACUUCUACAAGAUUCACUGGGUGGUAACUCGUACACGGUAAUGAUCGCUUGUGUAUCUCCGGCCGAUACAAAUGCUGAGGAAACAUUAAGUACACUGAGGUAUUGUUUGUGCCAGUUAAACCAUUUAUUUGUCAUAAGAAAUUCUUCGUUUACAAGAACUUGCACUAAGUUGACACCAACGGAGGACGCGGUUUUUCUGUUUCAAUAA